AAUACAAGUUACAGGAUGGAUACACGUUCUGAUGGACAAAUGGGAGACUCAUCACAGCAGCUGCUAGACUUUCUGCAGAAUGUGGCUCUGUUUGCCUGUCCACUGAUAGCGUAUGUGUUCCUGUUUAAAAGCAGACAGAAGUUCAGAAGCUGUCAAGGACAAUACAGCAUAGCAGACUGGAAUUUCUUCCUGAAGAAAUGGUGGGUGCGCUGGAAACUGAGGCAACCGCAGUUAUGCCACCGACCCACGACAGUAGGGCCUGUUGUAGAGCUCAUGGCAACCCAGGCUGAUGAAGACAGAGAGAAGCUUCGGACGCUUGCAAAAGAGAAGGAGGUGGACAGCAUGGCAAUAUCUGGAACAGAUCACAAGGGCAAUUCCAUUCAUCUGAAAAUCACCAGAAAGCAGCACAAUAUUACUGAAGUCUGGCUGCAUGUCCAACUGGAAGAUGGGUCUGUGUACCAGCUGCCAGGGCACCCAGACACUACCAUACAGAGCAAUAAUAAAAGUUCCUGGAGUGGCGGGGGGCUCAAAUUUCACAUAUGCGAGCCAUUGCGUAGGUGGAGGAUCACAUUCAAUGGACUACUUAGGCAUGGAGUGAAACAUAAGGGGAACAUACAGGACAAAGAAAAUGAUGUAAUUGUUCAUGUCCAGUUUAGAUUUAUAUGGACAGCCUGUAGUGAUGUUAUUGACAUUCAGAGAGACUGGAGCACUGAGCUGAUGUGUAAUGCUUUAGCCAGAGAACCCUGGAGAAAUGGGAAAUGGAUGAAAAUGAGGAAACAAAUAGGAGAAGGCUAUGACCAAUGGGGCACACUCCAGGGUACAUGGACACUUGGUAGUGACAGCAAUAAUGUGAAAGAAUUGUACCUAAGAGGCAUCAGACAAAGGCGCUAUGGGACUGAUGAGGUGGUUAAAAAAAGAGUAACUACAGAUGGAUCCAUGUUCAGCAUCGAGGCAAGAAGCAAUCAGAAACCAGGUGUUACACAUGCUAUAUUUGGGCACGUCUAUCAACCAAAUGGACGCCAAGCUUCAGUAACUUCAUGUGACCUCUCUCUACCAAGCCUCGGUGAACACCCCGACUCCUUGCCUCAACAUGUUGUACUGAGAUUUUCAGCUGGAGGAAAGAACUACACGACAAGCAUUCAUACACUACCCAACAGUGCUGCUACUCUCUAUGGUGGAUGUCCAUGGAACUAUGAGGCCCACUUGCGUGUAUUUCGGUGUAUCCUCAAUGCCAGGCUGGGAGCUGGAACAGCUGUCUUUUGGUACAGGUACUCUGGAUCAUGCCCAGCUUCUCCUCUGGUUUCGUUACCCAUAUUAAAAGAACCAGAGCUCAGACCUGAAUCUCCACUCCCACUUGUGGUGGAUUUUAAGGACAGAGAGUGUGGCAUUAGCACUCUGGUUGGAGGAAAGGGAUCGGCCCUUGCACUUCUGACUUCCCUUGAAGAAAACAGGUUGUCAGCCGUGAUUCCACCUGGAUUCUGUGUCACAGUGGUAGCCCUGGAAAUUCAGAUGCAGGAGAUUAGUCAGCUGCAAGAUGCUUUGACCGCAUUGCAGCAUGUGAGCUCCACGAGUACAGAGCUUGAUGUCAUUCAGGAGCAAUGCAAUAAAACCGUAACUUUGUUUGAAUCUACUGCUGUCUGUGAGGCUGUGAGAUCUGAAGUCUCUAACCAUCUCCAACAUCUCUUAGACUGUGUCUCCAAGCCACAACUAUUUGCAGUACGAUCUUCAGCUGUGGGUGAAGACUCUGAGGAUUUGUCGUCAGCUGGACAGAAUAAAACACUGCUUGGGGUUCGUGGGGAACUUGCAGACAUUCUGGAAGCCAUUCAAAUCUGCUGGGCAUCUCUGUACACGUUGCAGUCAGUACAAUACAGAAGGCAGUUUGGUCAACCGGUGCAAGUUGGCAUGGGUGUUGUGGUACAGCUGAUGGUACCAGCAGACAGUGCAGGCGUGCUCUUCACUUGGCAUCCUUUGACUGGAGACCCACGCCAGAUGCUUAUCACAGCUAAUUUUGGGCUGGGUGAGAGUGUUGUGUCAGCACAGCUAGAGCCUGACACAAUUCUUCUAGAGAGGGACGGGAUGGGACAGCUUGUACUGAAGGAGAGCACAUGUGGGAACAAGUGGCACAGAGUUGUCAUGUCAGAAAAAGGUGGUGUUAUUACUGAACCUCUAGAUAAAGAAAAAGUUUCACAGUUGUGCCUUACAAAGGAAGAAGCGUUGGCAGUGGGUCACCUAGGAGUACAACUGGAGCAAAUGUUUGGUGGGCCCAGAGAUGUGGAAUGGGCAGUGUCAAAGGGUCAAAUCUACUUGCUACAAUCUCGGCCAAUCACAUCAUUUGACUCCUGGUCAAAGUUUGAGCUUCUUCAUGAGUUUGAUGGUCCUAUCAUCACUGACACAGAAAUACUGACAACUGCAAAUGUUGGGGAGGUGCUUCCAGGAAUUACAACUCCAUUAUCUCAGUCAGUAACAGUUCGUGCCUUAGACUUGGCAGUGCGACAUCAAACACCUUGUAGGCCAGGAAAUUAUUAUUCUGCUAAUGUUAUUCCUGUAAGUCAUCAUAUCCUGGUCAACGUUCUAAAUACAAUGCUCAUAUCAGUGGGUUCAGAGAUUACGCUCGGAGACAAAGUUGUCGAUUUGGCUCUCUAUGGCCGCUUGGUGACAACACCGGAACUGCUCAAACUUGCUAUAGAGAGGAAUGGGGUAGUCGGGUCACUGGGCAGGCUUUGGGCAAUGGUGAAUUUUACAAAGGAUAUGUUAUUCAGCAGACAAACUUUACAACAGGCUCAGAAGCUGGCUCGUGAAUUUGUGCUGAACCACGAGAAUUACAACUGUGCUAAAUCUCUGUAUGCUUGUAUAUCAAAGAAUUUGAUAACUCUGGAUGAGGUAUGUAACCGUCAUGGGAAAUCAUCAAGUAUCAGUGUGUUUACACAAGUGAUAGCUGUCUAUGUACUAAGUGAAGGACAUGAAGAGCUCAAUGCAGAACACUAUAGCGACAUGGGGUUGUUGCUGUCUUCCUGUUCUCAGAUGGUUUCAGCAGAGAUACCAGUAGCUCUAGAGGAUCUGGCAUCGUCGAUCAGUGCAGCCGGCAUAGCGCCUGAAUUCUGCAGAGUUGUUCCGUCUGAGGCUGCCUGCUGGUUAGAGGAGAAUUGCCCCAGUGUGGCCACCAAGCUUCACAACUUUCUGAAGAAACAUGGUCAUCGCUGCAUCAAGGAAUUUGAAUUGAUGACAGAGACCUGGAGUAUGAACCCUGAGGCCCUUAUGAAGGUUCUUCAAACAAUGCUGCAGAAGUCGGCUACAGACAGGUUUCAGAAAGCAGCUAAGAAACAAUUCACAGAUAAAGAAUUACUGUUGCAGCUCAAGUCAGUGAAGAAACGUGGCACUAGAUUUAUUUUGGGUUGGCUGGUACCGCUGUGCCGCAACUUUGUGCUGCAGCGAGAAGCAAAUAAAGACUGCUGUAUCUUUGUAAACCACCAACUAAGAUUGGCUUACCGGAACUUGGCACAACUCAUGGUGAAAGAGGGACGCUUACCGGAUGCUGACCUCGUGUUCUUCUUCACUCACUACGAGCUGGGAGCGCUCUUGCAAACAAGGGACCCUGUUCUUAUAACCAAGGCAUUGCGGCGCAGGAAAUUGCAGCACGAGUGGAAGCAGCUUGUGUUUCCGCAGAUAAUCAGGGGAUUGCCUGCUCCUCUGUCUUCUGAAUCCUCGACGACAUCAGCAAGACCUGGGACUUUGGGAGUUCGCCUGCAGGGAACAUCCGUGUGCUCUGGUACGGUAAUGGGGCGAGCGUGUGUAGUGACGAGCCUGGAGAAGAUUGGAGAAUUGAAGCACGGCGAUAUCCUCAUCACGCAUAGCACUGACGUCGGCUGGAGCCCAUAUUUUCCUCUUCUUGGUGGAGUUGUCACUGAGCUUGGUGGUAUCAUCUCGCAUGGUGCUGUGGUGGCCCGUGAGUAUGGCCUUCCAUGCAUCGUGGGUUGUCAGGAUGCAACGAGGACGUUCUCAACAGGGGACACGGUUCUUUUGGUGGGGGCCAUGGGAACAGUGGAGAAGAUUGAGCAAACUGCGACUGCUUCGGAGUGACGUCAGUGUGGGCGCAGCGGGUGUUAUGGUAACUUUCAUACUUGGUAAUAUAUAAUACAGGCAUUCAACUACUGUAACUUGUAUUUAAUUUGAAACAUGACGUAAGGACACUUUGAAAGGUUAACGGAGUACCUUCGUCUCUGACUUAUUGGCCUCUCUUUGUUCUCUGGAAAUUUAAAUAGUUUCAAGGUCAUGGCGUGUAUUACUUAAAAAUUAAAAUGCGGGUAUCCUUAUUGAGUUAAUGAUCCUAAUAACA